UGACGACUGACUUUGAUAAUCUUAUCCGAUCAUCACAAUAUAUAACCACAUCGACAUCCAAGGAAAACUUUCAGUUCUGAUCAUAAAAUCUAGAGUUGACGGAUUCGUAUUUCGCGCAGGUUCAUUAUGAAGAUUCAAAGCCCAAUCGUCAAGCGCCGUGAGAAGAAGCUCGCUAGAAGGAAAGCCGAGUUCGAAGAAAUUGAAGAGAGAACUAUCGAAGGAGACGGUGAUAACGCCGUUCCGAUUCCAGAGGAUAGCUUCACGAAGAAUAUGAGAGAGUGUGGCGGUCUGAUUCAAAAUAACCCAAAAUCAGAACAAGUUAUCAUUCGAUAUGAUGCUCUGCCUCCCCAGCAAUGUCUAAGCCUACUGCGCGAUUCCUUCAGGCCGUUGGCGCCGAAAGUUAUCGAGGAUGAAACCAUAAGUGAGCAGGAGGUCAAAAUGACUUGCAACGGUAGUGAAUAGUUAUUAAAGUGCUUCCAAAUUGCCCCGUUUGGACAUUGUCGCGAUUGGCAACUCACAAUAGG